AUGAAGCCAGCACCCACAAACAGCGGAGGACAUACCGAAGAGCGCGACGCGAAGGUUUCGGAGGAACACAUGAAAGCAAAUGAUACGACUUCUGUAUCAUGCCCGUCGACGCCGUUGUCAGAGAAGAAGCCCGACAUCGAGGAAGCAUCCACAACUGGAGACGACGGAACCAUGCCGCACGCAGGGACUUCCGUGGCUGGGGUUGCUAAAGGAGUCGUCAGAGGAGUCAAGACAGCGGUUGAUGAAGCCGUUGCUUGGGCCGAGAAAAAGGGCGGCAAUCUGAGCGCGGCGGACGACGGCACUGGUCCAUAUGCAUCACCGGGGACUUGUGCGCCAAGCGAUCUGGAUCCGAUUGCGAGCGGUAUCUUGCCAGCCAUGCCUGCUCACAAGGCAUCGAAGGAUGCCGCGUCCAGUGAUUCCAAGCAGGACGAGGAGUAA